AUGACCACAGCUGCAAAAAAAGAUGAAGGUUACAUGAUGAUGUCACAUUUCACAAGUCUUGUUAGUAACGGGAAUUCUGCGCCUGAAAGAGGUGAAUCUACCCCGACACCGCCAACGAGUAUCCAAAACAGAUCGACUACUGUCGCCUUUACAGGGUCCCUGAAGCUCGUUGAUGAUGGAAAGACUGACGCUACAGCCGUUCCAUCGGUCCCCGAGUUACAACCAACCUCCACAUCACCGUUUGCACUACCGAGCGGCAAUGAGAACCUCCUGCAGCAGAAUACGGAAGACACUGGGACUAAUUAUAGACAUGUGUACACCUUGCCAUCGCAACAAGGAGAGUUAAUGCAGCGUAAUGAUAGUAAAAAUUACGAAGAUCCGUACGUGAGCUUCGUACCUCAUACUGAAACCAAUAGUCAAGCACCAACUAUCUCACCAUCAGCGUCGUUCACAACACCUGGAAAGGUUGAGAAUCACGUACAGCAGGAUGGCAAAUCCCAGACCACCACAUUAGAGUACAACUAUGAAGAUGGUGUCACCACUCCACAAUAUGUGCCCUUCACACCUCUUGCUAAUAUCAAAAACUUCAAGGAGCAGCAUGGAACCCCCCCAGCUAAGGAUGUUGAGACACCCAUGAGAUCACCAUCGACAUCAUUCAUGACUCCAGAUGAAAAUGAGUUCAUGUGGCAGACUGGUGAGCCCAACGGCACAAGAGUUGAGGCCAGUGAUCACAAUGAUGCAGAGACCACUACAACCCAGGAUGAGGACUACACACCGCGCUGUUAUACAAAUAAUUUCAAGGAGAAUCUUGAUGAAUUCAACGCUACUAUUUCCUCUUCAUCUCAGGAAACUGGAACACCCACCAUCUCACCAUCAGUUCUUGGUGAUGAAGACGGACUGAAGCAGAAGAAUGUUGAAACCACUGCUGGAUCAAUUGAGGCUAACCAUGAUGAUGCAGGGUCAACCACACGUCACUAUGAACACAUCGCAUUACGCACUAGUACUAAUAAUCCCAAUGAACACGAUGGGAUAUUCAUCACUACUACUGAAUCAUCAGCUCAAGAAACUGGAAUAGUUACCACUUCACAAUCAACGUUGUCUUUUGUCCCGAAUAAUGAUGUGAGUGGCACGCAACAAAAUGGAGUACCCACUGUCACAACAUUCGAGGUCGAAUAUGAUGCUAAAGUGACCACCACACCACAGUAUGAUUAUUUCAUACUGCCCACUAGUACCAAGAAUUCCACAGUGCAGGACAAUAAUUUCAACACUAUCACGGUCUCGUCGGCUCAAGAAAUCGGGACUAUUACCACCUCCCCAACAAAAUUGUUCACUGUUUCUAAUAACGAUGUGAGUGACACGCAGCAGAAAGGAGAAAACACCACUGAAGCAUUCGAGAGCGAAAAUGAUGCUGAAGUGAGCACCACACCACAGUAUGUUGACUUCAUACACCGCACGGUUGCCGAGAAGUCCAGUGAGCAGGAUGAUGAUUUCAGCGCUAUACCUGCCUCGUCAGCUCAUGGUGUUGGAAUGACCACCAUCUCGCCAGUAAAGCUACUGCCGAUUCCUCAUGAUGGCGAGGAGCUUACGCAGAAGAAUGUUGAAUCCACCACGACAACAUUGGAGACCGACCAUGAUGGUAUGGAACCAACUACACCCCCAGCUGAACACUUUACACCACCCACUGUCACCAAGAAUUUCAUGGAAGAGGCUGGUCAACUCGACACUAACACGCCUUCAUCAUCUCACGAUAUUUUGCCAACCAGCACUUUACCAUCAGUGCCAGUGGCAGAGCAAGCAGAUCAUGAAAACUGCACACAGCAGGAAUGUGAUUCCGUUAGCACCACAGUUGCUGUGUAUCCGGAAGAUAACUUUACCACCAUGGCACCACUAACGCCAGUCACCGUGCCUGCGGAUGGUGGCAAUAUUGAAGAGCACAGUGGUGGACCAAAUACCACAUUGAGUCCGGAACCUGAUGAAGAUGAGUCUACUACCACACCAUCGUUCCCACAGCCAGUUAACGAUAGUAAUAUCACAUUGCAAAUCAAUAAAUGUAAGGGCACCAGCGUUGGUACCAAGCAGGAAAAGCACUCUACAAUGUCAUUUCUAGCGAUUUUCAAAAUACUGGCAGGUAUGUGUGACGAGCCAGAUGUCACAUCGACUCCGCCAUCUAAUGAAGAGGCUUCAUAUAACACAACAGCGAAACAAGACAGUACAAGUAUCUCUAAGGACGAAGCAGUGGAUGGCAACAAAACUGAAAGCCGUUAUCCAUCAUACACUGGAUCUUCUCCUGACGACUUACUAAUGUUGCACAAACUACACAUUAGACUGGUCAAGAUAAUGUCUGUCAUCUUAGGGGCGGCAGUAGCUCUCACUUUGAUCAUCUUUGGAUUCAAAUACUGCAGGAAACAUAGACGAGGCGACCGCACAGCUGUUUCUCCUCACACUGCUGAACUUCGUGAAGCAGGUCAACCUUCCACAUCUCAGGCUUCUACUUCCGAAGAGCCCGUUAUAAGAUUUCGAGAUUUGCUGUCUCGUGAAGAGAAUAAUUAG